AUGGCGAUACAAUUAUAUUCCAACGUAGUGAAUACAAUUGCUCAAACAUAUGAAGAUCUUUUAACACACAACCCUAUAAGUAAAGAUCUGAGUAUUAGAGCUUGUAAUGUUUGUAGUGAUACUAUCAAAUCAUUUAAUAGUAUCCUAUUAAAUCCGCGAGUAAGUGUUCAAGAGAGACGGUGUAUACAGGCAAAUAUUACACUAUUACAUUCUUAUUAUGAGAAGUUUCUACGAUUAAGUGGGCAAGUGGUUGGUGGAGAUCUGAAUUCGGGAAAUUUAAUUCAGUGGCGUGAUAUGGAAAACGCGUUCCAGAAUCGUAUAACAACUGGUUGCAUUGUAAACAUUGGGCAUAUUGAUUUAAGAACAUUUCUGAAUGAUGCAAAAAGUUUAACAGUUAAUAAAAUUCAAGAAAAUAUGCAGAGGAUUGGCAAUCUUAAAGUCAGUACAACUUUAAUGUGCAAAUUUGAAAAUGUUAAGAGCGAAUUAACCAUUGAGGAAACAAAGACAUUUCAAACUCAAAGUCGUGAGAUAUUGAUAACAACAGAUCUAGACAACUGGUUUGUUAAUAGUGUGUAUGAUGUUUUAUUGAAGAAAGUUGAAGAGUUUAAUCAAAAAGAUUCAGGGUGGAGCUUAGUGGAAGUGAUAAACUUAACUAUUAACAUCGCUAGAUAUGCCCCAUUCAGAGCUGGCUUAUCAACGUUUGUCACUUUGCCUAAAGAUAUACAAUAUAAAAAAGCUGUCAUCAACAUCCAAAAUAAUGAUGAAUUUUGUUUCCUUUGGUGUGUAACUGCUGCAGUAUAUGGUGCUGAAACUGCUAACCCAAAAAGGACAUCAUCAUAUCCACAUUUCAGUACACUUUUUAAUUAUAAAGAUAUUAACUUUCCUAUAACUCUCAAAGACAUUCCAAAAUUUGAAAAGUUGAAUAACUUGAAGAUAAAUGUUUACGGGCUUGAAUCACAGUUCACCAAGAAUGAAGAAGAAGAUGCAGCAUCUAGUGUAAUAGCGCCAUUAUACUUAAGUACUAAUUAUCAAUAUCCUGUUCCAUUUGCUGUCUAUGCUGAUUUAGAAUGCACUCUUGAAUCUGAUAAUGGUACUGAAAAACACGUUCCUUAUAGUAUAGCGUAUUAUGUCUUGUGUAAUUAUGAUUCUUCUUUAUCAAAGUUUGAGCUCAAACGCUCUUCUGAUUGUAUUGAAUGGUUUAUUAAGGAGUUGGAAAUUUUGGGGAGAAAAGUUGAUUUUAAACUUAAAAACCCUAUACCUAUGAAGCCACUCAAUACUGAUGAAAAAAGAUAUCAUCAUGAAACAAAAGAUUGUCAUAUUUGUGGGAAAAUAAUCGAUUCUAAUGCUAAUAAAUGUCGUGAUCAUUGUCAUUUCACCGGAAAAUAUCGCGGACCUGCGCAUAAUUCAUGUAAUCUAAAUUACAAACAAUCUCACAAAAUACCUAUUAUUUUUCAUAACUUAACAGGUUACGACUCGCAUUUUAUUAUUAAAUCAUUAGUCACAGGUUUUGAAGGUUCAGUUACUGUUUUACCCAUUAAUAAAGAACGUUAUAUAUCUUUUGCAAAGUCUAUUAAAAAUACAUUAGUUGAAUUGCGUUUUAUUGACUCAUUUCGAUUUAUGGCAUCUGGUCUUGAGAAACUAGCAUCAUAUCUUACAGAUAAUGAUAAACAAAUUACACGAAUGUAUUACUCUGAUCAUGAGCAGUUUAGUUUAGCCACUCGUAAAGGAGUAUUUCCGUAUGAGUACAUAGAUUCAAUAGUAAAGUUAAAUGAAGAUAAAUUGCCUCAAAAAUCAUUUUUUUAUUCCAAACUAAAUGAUAAUAAUAUAUCUGACGAAGAUUAUGAUCAUGCAAAAUUAGUUUGGAGUAAAUUUAACAUCAAAACACUUGGUGAAUAUUCUGAUUUGUAUUUAAAAACCGAUGUGUUAUUAUUAGCUGAUAUUUUUGAAAAUUUUCGACGCAGUUGUUACAAUACUUAUAAUUUAGAUCCCCUUCAUUAUUAUACAGCACCAGGAUUAGCCUUUGAUGCUAUGUUAAAGCUUACUGGUAUUCAAUUAGAACUGCUAGAUGAUGCUGAAAUGGUAUUAUUUAUAGAAAAAGGCAUAAGAGGUGGUGUAUCACAGUGCACGAAUCGUCAUGCUGUGGCUAAUAAUCGAUUUAUGGGUGAUGACUUUAAUCCGAAUGAACCUGAAUCUUAUUUAAUGUAUUUUGAUGUGAAUAAUUUAUAUGGAGCUGCAAUGAGUAUGCCCUUACCAUAUAAGUCAUUCAAAUGGGUGGAUAAUAUAACUGUAGACAAUAUAGAUAGUAUUUUUAAUUCGAACGAAUCAAAAGGUUAUAUACUAGAGGUAGAUUUAGAAUAUCCGAUAGAGCUUCAUGAUCUGCAUAAAGAUCUACCAUUAUGUCCUGAGCAUUUUGCACCACCAAACAGUAAGCAAUCUAAAUUAAUUACUACUUUAUAUUCAAAAGAAAGAUAUGUUAUUCAUUAUAAGAAUUUACAGCAGUGUAUUCAGUUAGGUAUGAAACUCGUAAGAGUUCAUCGUGUUCUAAGCUUCGAACAAUCAGCUUGGUUACAGCCAUACAUUGAUAAAAAUACUGAUUGUCGUAAAAAUGCUAAGAAUGAAUUUGAAAAAAACUUUUUCAAGCUUAUGAAUAAUGCUGUAUUUGGAAAAACAAUGGAAAAUGUUAGAAAACAUAAAGAAAUUAGAAUAGUAACAGAAUGGACAGGACGUUAUGGUGCAAAAUCUCUAAUUUCUAAACCUAACUUUCAUAGUUUAACUGUUUUUGGCGAAGACAUGGUAAUAAUUGAAUUAAAAAACGUUCAUGUACAUUUUACAAAGCCUAUCUAUAUUGGAUUCAGUAUACUUGACUUAGCUAAAACAUUCAUCUAUGAUUUCCAUUAUAAUUAUGUAAAGAAAAAUUUUCAUAAUGAGACCUCAAAAUUAAUGUAUACAAAUACUGAUAGUCUUAUUUAUCAUUUUACAGUACCUAAUAUCUACGAAAUUAUUAAACGCGAUAUUCAUAAAUUUGAUACAUCUGAUUAUUCUCCAAAUAAUGUAUAUAAUAUUCCAUUAAAAAAUAAAAAAGUAAUAGGUCUUAUGAAAGAUGAAACUAAUGGUAAAAUUAUAGAGGAAUUUGUAGGUUUAAGAGCUAAGCUUUAUACAUAUAGAAAAUAUAAAGAUAAUAGAGUUGAAAAAAGAGCCAAAGGGGUUAAAAGUUCAACUUUAAGAAGGAUUGAGUUUGAUGAUUUUAAAAAAUGUCUUUUAGAACAUUGUAACGUUAUAGAAAAGGAGUGGCUAAUCAAAAGUGAUAAACAUAUUGUUAAGACGGUUUUACAACAAAAACUAGCAUUAAGUUGGAAUGAUGAUAAAAGACGUCUACUUGAGAAUUCGACAGAUACCUUACCAUGGGGAUAUAUGGAAGUAGAAAAAAAUAAUGUAUAA